CUAACUUGUUACAAGAGCACAUUGUCUUUUAUCUUUAUAUUCUGCAACCUUAACCCUUAUCCGGAUGGAAUGAGAUAAUGCUGGCUUUUGUUGUGGUAAUGACAGUGGCAGUUGCUGGUCCCAUUCUACUUGCGGACAAGUCGGCCCAAAUUCCUUUGCACAAAUUUUACCAAGUUGAUAAAGUAGAACUUGACACUCUGUUGGCCCUACCACCACCAGAAAUCACUAGAGACAUAGAAAGAAGAAAAAGAGCCGAAGAUAUGUCUGGUAUGCCGAUGCCGAUCCCCCCACGACUACAGCCUCCACCGUACAUCUUCGUUUUACCAGCGACAACGCCUGGUCACAACAGUGUUUAUGUCUUACAGUCAGAGACGGAAAAAGAAAAAUUGGGAUUGUCGACCGCAAAGCAACCGGAUGUCGCAUGCCACAUUUGUCCUAUAGAGUUGGAGAGGCAUAAGGUGCUGUCAUCGAAUAAGAUCGAAUCUUGUUGCGGUUCCCUACUGGAGCCAGUUGACCCAUAUCCAAACGCUCAAAAAGAAAUUAAAAAGAGAGUCAACUUUGGUAAUAUCUACUCUUACAAAUGGGAGUUUAAGCGCCAGAACAAGGGGAAAAUAUCGGGAUCACUAGAGCUUCCUAGAUUAAAAACGUCUCUUACGGGGUCGAAAGCAUCUAAAAAGAGGUUAUAGAUUCAUCAUAUUCGGCAAUGAUAAUAACAGAAGAAAGAAUAAUUCCUGCUGUCAGACGACAAUAAAAAUGCUUCCCAAGCUGUUUAUUUUUUUAAUGUAAAAUAUAAUAUAGUAUUGUCAUUUAUUU